AUGACAGACCUGCAUACCCGCCAGUUCUCCCACAUUGGAGGCACCUCCACCGAUCUCCUCGACCGCCUCGCCGUCUCUGAGCUCUGCAAAGGCUGGCCGGUCUACCGCGACGCAAGCGAAUGGGCAAACUAUCGCUCCCUCUUCACCAAGGAUGCCUACGUCUGGACCACUUGGAGCGGCGCCCAGUCCAUCGACGACUUCAUCCGCAUUUCCGUUGCCGGCAAGUCAUCUGGUGCUUUCAUCAUGCAUCUUGAAUGCGGCACGCUCGUCGAGCUGAACCCAGGUACGGGCCGCGCCGUGGGGAAGAUGAAGGCCACCAUUACCCAGCGCUUCAAGCACCCCGACGGCUACAAGUACGACGUCGACUGCGACUGUCGGUUCCUAUUCUUCUACGAGAAGGCGAAGGAAGCACGAGGUUAUGGCCAGACCGAUUGGAAAGCUGCGUACGUCAAGCUUGUGUAUGAAAAGGACAAGAUUGUGCCUGUAGAUGGGAAGCAGGCCCCAGUCUUUGCGGACGAGGAUUUGGCCAAGUAUCCUGCGGGAUUCAAAUACCUCGGAGCCGCGCAAAGCACUUUGGGGUACGAGAUUGAUAUCAAGCUUGUCACGGGAGGGGAUGUGAGGGCUUGCAACAAGAUGUACCAGAGGAUGGAGAGGUGGCUAGAGGGGGGAAAUGGUUCUGUCGGUCUUUUCGAAACUUGA